UGUCAGUAUCUACAAGUAACUACAAACGGUGACGAAAAUGUUGAUGUUGAAGAAGAAAAAAAAUAUCGGAAGCCAUUUUUAAGACAGCUGCUAGUGUGCAGUGGAAUAUGGACAUCUUUCUUCACCAUGGGUCUGUCGCUGGGAGCUCCAACGGUCGUCAUCCCACAACUGAGGAGAGAGGCUAACUCCACAGACGCUGUCAGCGAUGAGAUGGUGUCAUGGCUGUCUUCCAUCUUCGCUUACGCCGGGAUCCCCUGGGUGCUCGUCAUACCGGUGGUCUCAGACCGAGUCGGACGGAAAUAUCCUUUCCUCGUCGUUUGUAUAUGCAGUCUUCUCAGCAACAUCGUCUUCUACUGCAGCAGUACCAGCACACAUCUGCUCAUCGCCGAAGUCAUGCAAGGACCUCUAUUCGCUUCCCAGAUCACCAUAGCUAUAAUCAUCGCCACAGAAUAUACUUCACCCAAAUAUAGAGGCAUAUUCUUAACUCUAAAAUCUGCUAGCUUCAAUUGGGGUAUUUGGAUGUCCAAUGCGUUAGGAACAUUUUUUCAUUGGAAGUCGAUAGGAAUAUUCGGAAUUAUCUGUUCUAUUUAUAUUACGGCGACUACGUUAUUUUGGUGUGAGUCUCCGUACUGGUUGGCAUCUAAACAGCGGUUUGAGGCGUGUGCAAGAUCUCAUAGAACGAUGAAAGGCGAGAGCAAAGCCUCAGAGAACGAACUUGAAGCUCUUAUAAAAUCCUAUAAACAUCAGAAUGAUGAUCAAAAAUCGUGUUCAAAAACACAUUUAUUUAAAAAAGUGUAUAAUACUAUAACAAUGAAGGUUUUCUACAAACCCCUUCUGAUUUCGUUAGCAGUUUUAUCUUUGUAUCAUUUUUCAGGAAAAUUAGUUUAUACUACAUAUGCUGUUGAUAUUAUUAAGAAGAUAACGUUGAAAGAGUCAACAGCAUAUAUUGGAAUGCUCUUUUUGGAUGCUGUCUCUGUCACAGGCAUGUAUGUUGGCUGUGUAUGCUCAAAGUUUCUAAAAAGACGCACUUUAAUAUUAGCUGGUUCAAUAACGGGUAUUAUAUUUUUGUUUAUUAUAUCAUUAUAUUUAUAUUUAGUAAAAUUAUCAGUUAUAUAUGAGAAUAAGUACGUGUCUAUCGCGUUGUUGACUAUAUUUUCAUUAUCUAUAAGCUGUGGGCCUAUGAUUAUGUCGACUUCAGUAUAUGGUGAAUUAGUACCUCUAAGGUAUAGAUCUUUAGCAAUGUUUAUAACAGGAUUACAUGCUUUGAUUCUUCUUGGAACCACGCUCAAAACUGCGCCUUAUAUUUUCAAGACUUUCAAACUACACGGUACUUUCUUAUUCUAUGCUACACUUGCAUCGAUUGUUACGUAUUUAGUUUACAAAUAUUUACCUGAAACUAAAGACAAAACGCUGAAAGAAAUUGAAGAUUGUAUAAUGGGUCGCACCAAUGAAGAGUCUUUAGAAACCAAACCUCUAAAAAAGUCUGUAAAUGAACAUAGAAUUAUAGAAUAGCUUCAUACCUUUUAAUUUGAUAAGAAUCUUGAGGAAUACUUACCUAAAGAUGGAAUAAUCUCUACUCGAACACAUCAUCAGCCCAUUAACGUCCCCACUGCUAAACCACCACGCAGGCCCAGUGCGGGUUGGUGGUUAUUAACGACUGCUAAUGGAGCCGGGACCAACGGCUUAACGUGCCUUCCGAAGCACGGAGGAGCUCGAGAUGAAAACUUUUUUUUGUGGUCACCCAUCCUAUGACCAGCCUUUGCGAAAGUUGCUUAACUUCAACAAUCGCAGACCGAGGGCGUUUACCGCUGCGCCACCGAGCUCCUUGAAUACAUAGUAAUACGUAUUUUGAAAGUGAAGUUUGAAAAAUAAAUUAAAAUGACCGUGACUGUAUUAAACAGAAAUUUCUUUUGGAAAACAAAAAGUACUGCUCAAAAACACGGUGUGUUUGGAAAAUCUUGUUCUAACGUAUGCUGUUUUAAUCGCCAAUAUUGGACAUGCUAUAAAAUCCGUUGUGUUAAUAGGACAACAUAGUGGCGAAGUCAUCAACAAAUAUAUUAGGCAGCUUGUUGCGCAACCAAUUUGUUGCCGGCAACCGCAUCCCGAAUAAUUUCCCGCUCUGGUAACGCCACCAUAGUGUCCUAGUAAAAGUGAACAUUUAUUAUAAAGCUUUAUAGUAGUUAUUGACAACUUAUUUGGCUGUUUGUUUAUAAAACCGCAUUGAAGCAGUUCAUCUAAUAAACUAAUUGCAAUUCGACGCAUUUAAAAAUAAGUGCACAAUGCGAACAAAAUGUCAAAUAGCUAAAGAGGUUAUUUCGUUUGUAACAAUUGCCUCAAUUGUAGUAGGUACUUACGAUUACUUUUAUUACUUAGACGUUUUAUUGCUAUCUUCUUUUAUGUUUCCGGUCUAGAAAACUAUCGGUAGUUUUGAACUAGCUGUAAAUAGUUGUUGAAUGCGAUAU